CCGUGGAGCGUUUUUCCGGAAGCGGUCACGGGCAUCUUCGUGACGCACAACGAGUUACAGCAUCCCUUGGGGUUUCCAGGGUGCAGCUCUCGGUCCCCAGUUUCUCCGCUUCCUCUCCCGCCUGAGCUCCGUGAACGGGAAGGCAGGCGCCCGGUCCCGCCCGCGACGCAGACACCACCUGGGGGGAGGAGUUGGGAGAGCAGGUGACGCUCUAGGCGAGCUCGUUCGCGUCUCUAUGGUGCCGAGCGCUCCUGUGCGCCGCUCCCGCGCGUCGGGGCGGACGUUGCCCCUUUAAUCGGCGGAGGGCGGUGCCGAGGAGGUCCCGCGAGAGCAGCGGGGGGCGGGGGGCGGUGCCGAGGCUGGGGGCCCUUGGCGGAUGGAGCCCGCGAUGGAGCCGGAGACUCUGGAGGCGCGAAUCAACAGAGCCACAAACCCCCUGAACAAGGAGCUGAAUUGGGCCAGCAUCAACGGCUUCUGCGAACAGCUCAACGAGGACUUUGAGGGGCCUCCACUUGCCACCCGGCUGUUGGCUCACAAGAUCCAGUCACCGCAGGAAUGGGAGGCGAUCCAAGCCCUGACGGUGCUAGAAACAUGCAUGAAGAGCUGCGGCAAAAGGUUCCAUGACGAGGUGGGCAAGUUCCGCUUUCUCAACGAGCUCAUCAAGGUCGUGUCUCCCAAGUACCUGGGCUCGCGGACGUCGGAGAAGGUGAAGAACAAGAUCUCGGAGCUGCUCUACAGCUGGACAGUCGGCCUGCCCGAGGAGGUGAAGAUCGCAGAGGCCUACCAGAUGCUGAAGAAGCAGGGGAUUGUGAAGUCCGACCCCAAGCUUCCAGAUGAUGCUACCUUUCCUCUUCCUCCUCCACGACCCAAGAAUGUGAUCUUUGAAGACGAGGAGAAAUCCAAGAUGCUGGCCCGCUUGCUGAAGAGCUCCCACCCUGAGGACCUCCGAGCAGCCAACAAACUCAUCAAGGAGAUGGUGCAGGAGGACCAGAAGCGGAUGGAGAAGAUCUCGAAGCGGGUGAGUGCCAUCGAGGAGGUGAACAACAACGUGAAGCUGCUUACGGAGAUGGUGAUGAACCACAGCCAGGGCGGGGCCUCCGCCCGCAGCAGCGAGGACCUCAUGAAGGAGCUGUACCAACGCUGUGAGCGGAUGCGGCCGACGCUUUUCCGACUGGCCAGUGACACGGAGGACAAUGAUGAGGCCUUAGCCGAGAUCCUGCAGGCCAACGACAACCUCACCCAGGUGAUCAACCUGUACAAGCAGCUGGUGAGGGGCGAGGAGGUGAACGGCGAUGCUGCGGCCGGCUCCAUCCCUGGGAGCACCUCGGCCCUGCUGGACCUCUCCGGCCUGGAUCUCCCCCCUGCAGGCACCGCCUAUCCAGCUGUGCCCACCCGCCCUGCUGACCCGGCCAGCCCCGAGCAGCCUAGCACCUCAGUUUCCCUGCUUGACGAUGAGCUCAUGUCUCUGGGCCUCAGUGACCCCACACCCCCUCCGGGCCCAAGCUUGGAUGGUGCUGGAUGGAACAGCUUCCAGUCCUCUGAUGGCGCAGAACCCCCAGCCCUGCCUCGGGUCCCCAACACGGACAGCCAGCCCUCUGCGCAGACGUCCCUGCCAGCAAGCAGCGGUCUGGACGACCUGGACCUCCUGGGGAAGACCCUCCUGCAGCAGUCACUGCCCCCGGAGUCCCAACAAGUGCGGUGCCACAUCCCCCAACAAGGGAGAAGCAGCAGCCGGCCCCCCGGCUCACACUUCGGGACCUGCAAAAUAAAGGCAGCUGCAGCUCGCCUAGCUCCAGUGCCACCGGCCUCCUCCACGCUGCAUCCCCCGAGCCGCCCGGGCCUCUGCAGCCACCCACGGCGACGGAGCUCUCGCUGGCCAGCAUCACUGUGCCCCUGGAGUCCAUCAAACCCACACUCCAGCAAGCAGCGCCGGGGGAGCCCCAGCUCUGACCCCGUCUGGGGCAGCAUCUUGCCAGUGACGGUGUAUGACCAGCAUGGCUUCCGGGUCCUCUUCCACUUUGCCCGAGACCCGCUGCCCGGGCGCUCUGACGUGCUGGUGGUGGUGGUUUCCAUGCUGAGCACCGCCCCCCAGCCCAUUCGCAACAUCGUUUUCCAGUCAGCUGUCCCCAAGGUCAUGAAAGUGAAACUGCAGCCGCCCUCAGGCACGGAGCUGCCAGCAUUUAACCCCAUCGUCCACCCCUCAGCCAUCACCCAGGUCCUGCUGCUCGCCAACCCCCAGAAGGAGAAGGUUCGCCUCCGCUACAAGCUUCUCUUCACCAUGGGCGACCAGACCUACAACGAGAUGGGGGAUGUGGACCAGUUCCCCCCACCCGAGACCUGGGGCAGCCUCUAGAACAGGGAGGGGCUGGGGAGAGGAGGGGGCAACAGGACUGGGCACCGUCUAGCCUGGGUGGGAGGCUGUGGUGGCCUAGGACACCCUUUGUUCCCAUGGUGACAUCCCCUGGGCCUGGUGCUUCUCCCCUCACCCCUGCAGCCCCCUCCUUCCUUGCCCCCUCCCCUGCAGAGCUGAACCCAGCAGGAGGCUGGGCCUGGGUUUGCACUGCUGGGGACCCUCACCACAGGGGGGAGCCUGGAGCCAGGAACAGCUACAUGGCCCUGGAAGGACUUGGGGUCAUGGGGGAGAAGCAUGGCUGUCGGGCAGGGGCCAGGACCUCAGGCCCAGCCCCAACCCCAGCCUGGGGUGGGGUCAUCCCCACCUGUCUCUUAUGCCUUAUGGGAAGGCCCAGCCAUAACUUGGGGGGCCAUGCUGGCGCAGGAACCAGCUCAGGCCUCCUCCAUAGGAACUGGGUGACUGGGGGGGUGACGCCUGCACCCCCAGCUCUUUGCACUCUCUGGUGUGUGGUUUGACUCUUUGCUUUUCUUUCUCAGUGGCCCUGUGGUCACCAUCUCAGGAGGCCCAGUUGGGAGAGCCCCACCUGUCCCCCACUCCUUGUGGGGGUUUCACUCCCCCCGCCUUCCCUCUUUGCCAUCAGGCCUUCCGAGGGGCUGUGGGGGCUGUGACUGCUGGCCCAGAGGUCAUGGCAGACCUGGGUGCCCCAGCUGGGGGCUCCAGGGCCCCUGGCCAGGGGAGGUCGUGCAUUGGAGUUCUCAGUGCAUCUCCCUCAGUCACUGGCCUCUGCCGGGGCCUCGUGGGGUCGGUGUGUGAGUGAGAGCAGGAGUAUUUAUGGAAAUAAAACGUCCUUUUUCCUGGA